UUGCAGUGUUUGUUGUUUUCGUUGAGGGGAAUAUGACAUCUGACUGUCGACAUCUUUGAAAUCGAUCGUUUUCCCGAUAGUUUUUACCCACUGCAUAAUUUUCUGAAUCUUCGCGAGUCAAGGGACCGGUGCCGUCAACCUGGACUUGUCGUAUUUUAAGGGGAAGUUUGUUGUCUCUUUAAAAAGAUGGGCAGUCAGUACCAGCGCUCCGUACCACUAGAGGUGAGGAGAGCAGAAGGAGAGAGAGUUCGGGCCAAGCAUCCUGACAAGAUACCGAUCAUUGUGGAGAGGUCCACCAGGUCACGGGCUCCUGAACUGGACAAGAAGAAAUACCUCGUGCCCGCAGACUUAACUGUGGGCCAGUUGUGCUUCCUGAUCCGUCAGCGUGUGUCUCUGAGACCAGAGGAAGCGCUCUUCUUCUUUGUCAACAACUCCCUUCCCCCAUCCAGUUCCCCUCUCUCAGCUGUUUACGAGGAGCACCAUGGGGAGGACCUGUUUCUCUACCUGACCUACAGUAAUGAGAGUGUGUACGGUGCAUGAGGGAGGAAAAAAAAAAGACUGGAGAGAGAAUGAGAGGAGACAAAGUGGGGCCGUGAGGAUUGAGAGUAAAGGCUGUUUGUAAUGCAUCACACCACUAUUAUUCUCUAUAUUAGCUUUGAUAAGCAACUACAGUACGCGGUGGGAGAAAGGCUUUGCAGGGGGAUCGCUAGCAGGGUUAACCUCUGUCAGUAUUUUUGGAUGAGCGUAAAGCAUGAAAGUACACUUCAAGUUAUGUUGAUUGCUUAUUCGGUAAAAGAAGAAAGAAAAAUAAAUAAGUUACCGACGUUAUCUUGGGAUCUCUCAUUAUCUUUCUCAGUCAUCUGUAUUUAAUGGAAAUAGGUUUUUUUUGUAAAUUAAUACCAAACCUUUGUGGGAAAUAAAGAUGAGAAUGCAGAAUA